AAGCAUUACAACUUUGAGAUAAGUUAAAACCACUUUUGCCAUUAUGGAAUAACAAAAAUAAUGGGAUUGCUCAAUACAAAAACCCUGUCGUCUGUGUCUAGGUAUGGCCUGUGCAAACGCUCCCUGGUUUGAAGAGAACUUUUCAUGUUCUAUAUGCCUGGAUGUGUUCAGCAGUCCAGUUUCCACUCCAUGUGGACACAACUUCUGCAGAACCUGUAUUACUAAGUUCUGGGAUGGACAAGUCCGGUACAAAUGUCCUGUUUGCAACGAGCUUUUUCAAAGUAGACCCUAUCCACGAGUCAAUACCCUCUUAUCAGAGCUGGUCGCUCAGUUUAAAACAUCCGUACGAGUAGAAGAGCAGCCUUGUGUUGAACCAGCAGAUGUUCCCUGUGACGUCUGUACUGGGACCCCGCUGAAGGCUGUGAAGUCCUGCCUAGUGUGUUUUAUGUCGUUCUGCCAACCCCACCUGGAGCCACAUCAGAGAGUCACAGUCCUGAAGAAACAUCGGCUGGUCGAGCCUAUGGACCGUCUGGAAGACAGGAUGUGUAAGAAACACGACAGACUUCUGGAGCUCUUCUGCCAGACUGAACAGGUGUGUGUGUGUCAGUAUUGCACAGAGACAGACCAUAAGUCACAUCCUGUUGUACCUCUAAAGGAGGAAUAUCAAGUGAAGACGGCCCAGCUGGGGAAGAUAGAGUCUGAAGUUCAGCAGAUGAUCCAGGAGAGACAAAGACAUAUUCAGGAGAUUAAAGACACAGUCAAACGCAGCAAAGUAGACGCAGACAGAGAGAUAGCUGAUGGUGUACAGGUCCUCGCCGCUUUGAUGCGCUGCAUUGAAAAGUGCCAGGAUGAUCUCAACAAAAUGGUUAAAGAGAGACUGAAAUCCACAGAGAAACAAGCUGAAGGCCUCAUCAAAGAGCUGGAGCAGGAAAUAGAAGAUCUGACCAAUAGAAGCUCAGAGGGGAAGCAGCUCUCACACACUAAAGACCACCUCCACUUCCUCCAGGCCUUCAGAUCCCUGAAGGACGCUCCAGCCACCAGGGACUGGACGACGGUGGAGGUCUGUCCUCCGUCAUACGUAGGGACCUUGAGGAGAUCCCUGGAUCAGCUGGAGGAGACACUGAGCAUGGAGAUGAGGAAGCUGUGUGAUGCUGAACUGAAGAGGGUCCAGCAGUAUGAAGUAGAUGUGACUCUGGAUCCUGAUACAGCUCAUCCCAAGCUCAUCCUGACUGAGGAUGGAAAACAAGUAUAUUAUGGAGGUGUAAGGAAGAAACUCACAGACAACCCUAAGAGAUUUAAACAUCAAAUGUAUGUUCUCACGAGGCAGAACUUCUCUGGGAGUUUUUACUUUGAGGUCCAGGUUAAAGACAAGACUGAAUGGUGUUUAGGAGUGGCCAGAGAGUCCAUUACCAGAAAAGAACGGAUCAUAGUGACCCCAAAAAUGGGUUACUGGACUUUUCACUUCAAAAAGGAUGGGUUGGUAUUUAGAGAUGACCCUGCUGUCCGUCUCCCUCUGAGAGCUGAGCUCCAGAAGGUGGGGGUGUUUGUUGAUUAUGAUGAGGGUCUGGUCUCCUUCUAUGAUGUGGAAGCCAGGGUUUGUAUCUACUCUGCUACUGGCUGCACCUUCAGUGAGCCUCUUUAUCCAUUACUCUGUCCAUGUGAUCAUGAAUUUGGUAUAAACUCUGCCCCCCUGAUCAUCUCACCUGUCCAUCAAACAGACUAGGACCUUUGUUUGAUGAUAAAAUAAUCAAACAACCAAAACAACUAAUUGUUGUUACCUGAAAUAUAAUCUCUACUAUGUGAGAUCUGAGAGAACUGCAUUAAUGUUGUACUGCUGUCAUUGCUGCGCCUAUACUCAUAGAAUCUAAUGUUACAAUACGUAACUAUCGUUUCAGCCAUUUACCGUACAAUUCAGAAUUGAAUGAGAGGAGGGCUGAGGAGGGCUGUCAAUCAAAUAUCGCGCUUCAGAAACCCCAUAGUGCCAAAACUAAAUUUGCGCGCGAGAGCAGAAUAUCAUUCGCGAGAGGCUGAGGCUGUUUGGUGCGACCAAAGUUAUAUCCCGCUCUCGCUUGCAACGAGGUAAUGCUCUCGAGGAGCUGUUUUCCUCGCUCGGGGAGUAGCGCUCUGAGUGCGCGCGCGCGCAGAGAUAAUUUGCGCGCUCGCAAUUAAUAUCUACGCGUGUGAUAUGAUAUAAUACGCCCAAAUGCAUGUUUUAUCACAUGAGUGCUUUAUGGUACUAAUGUGUCGCCAUACACGUGGUGCUUUAGUUGUUCCCACCACCGCAUUUAUUUUGAUCGUUCGUUCUGGUAAAACUCAAGCGGACUCGUACGCAAACACAUUUAGUAUGGGAGAUAAGCCUAAAAUAAACUACCAGUGUUGACUAAAUAUCAAAUCAUAAACCAUAAUAGCAUGUAUAACCUGGACACAAAGAGAGAGGGGAGGGUUGCAAGAGACGCCUCCGCCGCAAGAGACGCCGCCGCCGCAAGAGACGCCGCCGUCGCCGUCGCAAGAGAGAGGGACCUGCAAGGGUUAUGAAUAAAGAGACGCAGGCCAUAUUGGACACCGGCAGCGUGGUCACCCUCCUCCGCCCAUGGAGGUGUACACGGGGACACCCGAACCUACGGGACCUGCCAUGUAGUCAUCUGGACACCACAGGGGGUGUUCACGGCUAGGGCAGGGAUCGUAGCACACCUCCCAGUGCCGCUCCUGAUCGGGAGGGAUUGUCCGAUAGCCCACCAGAAGCAGAUCGUGCCUCACAGGGAGGCCCACAAGAAGCAGAUCAUGCCUCACAGGGAGGCCCACCAGAAGCAGAUCAGCAGACUGAGGGACGAGCUGGACGGCAAGGAGAAGUAGAUCACAGAGCUGCAGGAUCGGAACCAGAAGAUCUCUCUGGAGCAGGAGCGCUUGAGGGCGGAGCACGAGAAGCUGAAGGCAGCGGACAAGGAGAGGAACCGCAAGCUGCAGGACCUAACGGGCAACCAGGACCGCCGCGAGCAGACCGACGCUGACGCCUUGUCCCGACGCGAUAACUGCCUGGGCGGGUUCCCCUACUACCGGGGGCCUAAUCAAGUGGUGGAGGAGUGUGGCGUAUCACCCCUUAAACUUGGUCCAGACGGACGGCAAAUACUAUCGUCAUCCACCAGCCACCGACGGAGAACUCCCGUUGAACCCCAAUCAGCGAGAUGGGAGACACCUGACUGGACAGCCAGGAAGACACUUUAAAAGGAGCACGAGGACUCGCAUUUGGCAGGAACGGGAGCGAGGAGGAAGGAAGCGCUCAGGUCCCCGAGCGACUAGAGGCUCACGGAGGCCCUAGAGACCGCGAUUAUAUUAUUGUCUAAGAUGUAUGCAAUAAAUGCCGAUUUCGGCUUAACCCUCGCUUAACGUGUGAUUCUUACCUGGAACCCGGCUCAUUGGGGGAGCGGGGUACCACAAAAGACUGAAAAUACGAGCUUCAGGGGAUGGAGGAUCCCUCUUCUGGGGUCUGUCUCUGGGUUCCUUCCCUCUUGGUUUUAGUGGUAAGUUUCCUUGUCCUAUAGAGGGCUUAGGGCUCUCCCCCUCUUUCUGCCUGCCUGUCCGUCUGUCCCGUCUGUCCAUAUAUCUAAUUUGGAAAUAUCACAUAUUUGUUUCUGGAGCCUCAGAUUGAGUAUUUUUUCAAGUUGUGCAAUAUAUAAAACACUUUGUGGACCUUUGUUUAAUAAAAAUAUAUUCAAACAAUGUUUCUUGAAUUAUAAACUCUAUAUGAUAUCUGAGAGAAGUGCAUUAAUGUCUUACUGCUGUAAUUUAACAAACAUUUCAUUAAAAUAUCCCUCACUAUCAUCAAACAUAACCCAUUGUUAAUUAUUACAGUACAGGAUAUUCUUCAUUGUUUUUUUCUCAUGUUUUUUUUUAAAGGUUACUGCUAUACAAGUGCUUAUGUUUGAAGUUAUGUAGAACUAGUUUCAGGGAUUAAUGUGCACUGCACCAUAAUAAUCGGAUCAGUACUUUUCUUCUGAAUCAUGAAUGAACACAAUAAAAUGUAUGAAUCCAUGGCAACACUUUAAAGAUUUAAAUAAAAAUGGAAAAAAGCUAAGGAGUCGUUAAAUUUUUAAUGUCCACCAUACAACAACCCAACAUGUGUAACACA